AUGCAGCCCAGUUCCACCUGUGUCGAGAGCUACCACCCUGGACAGAGCAUGUUCGUCCAGCAAGGGAAACAAGUGUGUUGCUAUGAUUGUCUUGAGUGCUCCCAAGGGAGGAUUUCAAUCCAGAUGGAUGCAGACCAAUGUCAGAUGUGCACAGAAGACCAGUAUCCAAACAAGAAGCAGGACCAAUGCCUUCCUAAAGAAACAAUCUACCUGUCUUAUGAGGAGGCCUUGGGAAUAGUUCUGGCCUUCUUAGCUCUUUUUCUUUCUGUGAUCACAAUCAUUGUGAUCGGGAGCUUCAUUCAGCACCACAAUACACCCAUCGUCAAAGCCAACAACUGGAGUAUCACGUGUACCCUGCUGUGCUCUUUGCUGCUCUGCUUCCUCUGCUCCUUCUUGUUCAUCGGCUGGCCUGGGAAGGUGACCUGCCUGCUGAGGCAAACAGUAUUUGGUGUCAUCUUCUCCAUUGCAGUGGCUUCUGUAUUAGCAAAGACCAUCACUGUGGUUUUGGCCUUCAUGGCCACCAAGCCUGGAAACAGGAUGAGGAAAUGGGUUGGGAAGAGACUGGCUCUAUCAGUGAUAAUUGUUUGUUCUCUUAUUCAAAUUGGCAUCUGUGUAGUGUGGCUGGCAACCUCUCCCCCCUUCCCCGAGUUUGACAUGCAUUCCCAAGUUGACACAAUCAUAGUCGAAUGCAAUGAAGGCUCAGCCCUCAUGUUCUACAUUGUCCUGGCCUACAUGGGGCUUUUGGCCUUCAUCAGCUUCAUGGUGGCUUUCUUUGCCAGGAAAUUGCCCGAUACUUUCAAUGAAGCCAAGCUGAUCACCUUCAGCAUGUUGGUCUUCUGCAGUGUUUGGGUGUCCUUUGUGCCAACAUACCUGAGCACCAAGGGGAAAUACAUGGUGGCUGUGGAGGUCUUCUCCAUCUUGGCCUCUGAUUCUGGCUUAUUGGGGUGUAUCUUCUUCCCCAAGGUGUACAUUAUUAUGCUGAGACCUGCAUUGAACACCAGAGACCAAUUAGUCAGGAAAAAGAAUGGUUAG